AUGUUUGUCCCCUCUGGGGACUCGGUCCCCGACCUCACGGGGUGUACCCUCCUAAUGCCAGCAGUAUCUGUUGGAAAUGUUGGCCAGCUUGCAAUAGAUCUGAUUAUUUCCACACUGAAUAUGCAUAAGAUCGGUUACUUCUAUACUGACUGUCUUGAGCCAAUGGUUGGAAACAAUCCAUAUGCAACUGCAGAAGAGAAUUCAGCGGAGCUCAGUAUAAAUGCUGAAGUAUAUGCAUUGCCUUCAAAGAAACUAGUGGCUCUUCAGUUAAGAUCCAUUUUUAUUAAGUAUAAAUCAAAGUCAUUCUGUGAAAAACUGCUUUCCUGGGUGAAAAGCAGCGGCUGCGCCAAAGUGGUGGUUCUUUCUAGCAGCCACUCGUAUCACCGUAAUGACCUCCAGCUGCGCCGUACCCCCUUCAGGUACAUUCUUACCCCUUCCAUGCAAAAAAGUGUUCAGAAUAAAAUACAGAGCCUCAACUGGGAAGAAAUGGAAAAAAACCCAUGCAUUCCUGAAAUAGACGAUUCUGAGUUUUGUGUCCGUGUUCCUGGAGGAGGGAUCACAAAGCUGCUCUAUGAUGAAGGCUGUUCUAAAGAAAUCCCAAUCGCAAUUCUGCUGAAGUUCGUUUCAGAAGGAGACAACAUCCCAGAUGCUCUGGGUCUGGUUGAAUAUCUUAAUGAAUAGCUUCAGAUAAUCAAACCACAUUGUGAGGACCCCACAGCAUCUUCCCUCCCCUGGAAAAUGCCAAGUUCCUGGAGGUUACUCUUCGGCAGUGGUCUUCCCCCUGCGCUCUUCUGAU